AGGGUUAUUGUUUCAUCCUGUUGGACUUUUGGGUCCUGCUACCUCAAAUGUUUUGUUGGUAGGCCUCAUCGCUUAAUAGUCCUUACAGUGGACUAAGGGGAAAACCACAAUACAAGAAAUUUACUAGAAAGUGGUAAAAAGAAAGUGACUUUUAAACAAGUGAGAAAUCAAAUCGUGAAAGUUGCGACACGUCACUUUUUCAUUUAACUUGGUCUUCGCUUUAGCAGCAGACGUAACGUCUUCCGCGAUGGAACCCAGUGAAGAAGACAUCCUUGAGGUUCGCCAAAGAGCCAUAGAAAAAAUUGAAUCACCAGAACAAGAUUUACAGUCUAUUGCUCACCCUAAAGAUCUUGAGAGACUAAAAAAUGAUAAAGAUUGGAUUCGCCGUUUCUUAUUACAUCAUGAUCUUGAUAAAGAAAAAGCAGUUAAUAUGAUACUUGGAACCUUAAAAUGGAGACAAAAAUUUGGGGCAAAUGAUAUUAGCCAUUCAAACAUAAAUCAGCAAAUUGUUUGUGCUGGUGGUAUGUUUCCCCAUUGCAGGGACAAGGAUGGCAAACCACUGUUUAUUGUUAAGGUGAAGUCUAGUGUCAAAGGAACUUACAAGUCAGAAGAAAUUCAUAAAGUUCUUGUAUAUUGGUUUGAUCGCCUAGAAAAGCAGGAAAAAGGUGGCAAGAUUUCUGUCUUUUUUGAGAUGACAGGUGCUGGACUCAGUAAUAUGGACAUGGAGUUUGUUCAGUAUUUAAUCAUGCUAUUCAGAGAUUAUUACCCUUAUUUUCUGAAUUACAUAAUAAUCUUUGAAAUGUCAUGGAUCUUGAAUGCUGCUUGGAAAGUAAUCAAGUCGUGGAUGCCUGCAAAGUCUGUGAAUAUGGUCAAAUUUGUAGGAAGAUCAGACCUCAAAGAUUUUGUCCCAGUUAGUGAACAACUGGCAGAAUGGGGUGGUCCGGUUAAUUAUCAUUUUGUGUUCGAACCCGAAUUUUUGCCCGCAUCCGGUCCUGUAAAUUUGAAUGGGCAAUUCGACGAUUCCCGGAAAAAGGUUCACUUUGCAGAAGGCACUACAUCAAAUGAAACUACGUCUACCGAUUCUUCAGAAUCGGUUAAAAAACCAGUCCCUGGUCAGUAUCUCCAACUUGCACCUGCCGAAGAAAUCGUUUUUAGGCGCGAGGAUGGAGAAACAACGGGAACGUUAGUCAUGAACAACACCGCUAACUGUAAUGUAGCUUACAAGAUUAAAACUACAUCUCCAGAUAAGUACAGAGUUCGGCCAAGCGCAGGAAUUAUUUGCACGGGUGGUUCAUUGAAUGUUACAGUCCACAUCCAGUCCGGUUAUUCAGCAUCUCAACUCGUCCGCGACAAAUUUUUGGUUAUGGCGUGCACGGUCGAAAGUGACUCGUUAACAAACGUGCAGUUGUCCGAAGUAUGGAAGAAAACGAGCGAGAAUACCAUACAACAGCAUCGCUUGCGUUGCUCCGUAGCCCCAAGCGAUGCCAAAGACGAUGAAUUUGCAGGGAACGUGCCAGGUUUGAACAACGCGGCGACCGCCAAGCUAUUGCAAGAUAUAGCCCCGCAGCUAAAUAAAAUUUUGGACGAACAAGAGAACUUGAGGAAGCAGUUGAAAAGUUUACGAACUCUUCUUUUUAUAUUGAUAAUAUUGUCGUUGGCAGUGCCUUUCUAUUUCUACAAUUCUGAUCCAGAUGCCGGUAACCUUAGUUGCCGUGUCUAACUGCCUUACCGAGUUUUUGGGGCAACGCAAUAUUAAGAUCAAUAAUUGUUAUCGCGGCAAAAAUAUUUUUUAAAAAAGCGUUGUUCGUUUCUUCCAUUAUAGAUUAUCGAAUUAAAUUCCUUUCGAUGUUUUCUGUUUGAGGAUUUAAGAUUGAUCCUAACGUAUAUUUACGCAAUGGCGAAUCUACUCCUUAGGCUAAUCGUUGAACAGCCUUUUCCACCUUUAUUCAAACGGGGAACGGUCUUUGUUUAUUUUUUGAACGGGUUAUUCAUUUACAUUUGUAUGGGUUGUAAACUACUAACUAGAAAAAGAAAUAAAAAUAAAAUAUUUCAAUGAAA